AUGCGAAUCCGCGCCAACCUGCUUCUGGCAGCCGUACUUGUGCUGUUGUUGGCGGUAUCUUUCCAGGCUUCGGGCUCGCCUACCGGGUGCAUCUCUCUGGGAGACCCGAUCAAAGACGGCAAGGAGGCUCGGACAAUCACCUGUCGUCUGAAGGAUGUAGUAAGCUUCUUCGGGCGCCAGAAUAAACCGAUUAGCGAAGAAGAAUCUGAGAGAAUCCGGAGGCAAAUCAACGAUCUGAAGGCAAAAAUUCAGGCUGAGUCGCUCGGGAAGGCAGGGGUUGGGGUCGGCUACAUCACGUUCGGCCGCGACCGCAACGAAGAGAAGGAGUAUGCCAUCAAGCUUCUCGAAAAACUCAAGAAUGCCCCUCCACACGGUGAAAAGAUCAUCACCAGUGAAGGAGAAGACUACAUCACUGUGAACUACUGCAGUAUAAGCCCCAGCGAAGAUAAGCAGAUCAAUGAAGAAUGUCUCACGAAGACAAGCAGCAACAUCGAGUCAACAGAGCUCGGUGAUGCACCCAGUCUCGACAGCUCGAGGUCCGCGUCUAGUCAUCCCAGCCUUCCACAAGAGGACAUGCUUUCUUCAGGACAGAGGCUUCUCAAACGAAUGUUUACUUGCUUCGGUGGAGGCGGGGGCAGCAGAAGGGACGGCGGCGGAGGCAGAAGAAGGAAGAAAGGGAAGGGGUCUGCUCAAAGUAUCUCGAAAGAAGAGCUCAACGAAGUAUUCAAAGAAGAUGUCGCGAUGGAAGAAAAGGAGCAUGGGUUUCAGGACAUCCAAUAUGAGAAUGAAAGAGAACAGAAUUACGUCGAAGGCGAACUGCAGGACUUCCUACGAGAAUACUUCGGCAGCAAUAACUUUUUCAUGGAAACAGACGAGCAUGGCAAUCGCAAAGAAGGGGCAUUGAGGCUUUAUUAUAACAAAGCCACAACUGGAAAUUCGACGGCCUUUAGGAUCUACUAUGGCACGAGCGAAGAGAUCGAAAAAGGCAGAGAAACGUAUGAUUCGACUUAUGAAUCCAGUAGCAACCAGCCGCCUCACGCACCGGAACCCGCUGGACACGUCAGCAAUCUGCCACCUCAUGCAUCAACCUCCGGUGACAACCCGAAUACGGAAAUAGGUAUCGGACAGCUCGUGGAAUUUCCGGCCACGAUAGGGCCGAGAUGA